GUGACUUGCGCAGCCAUGGCUAGAAGUUGGGUGUGUGUUUCCCUCUUGGCGGUGGCAUUGGUGUUUGUCGGCUCCGUGCGGGGCGGCGAGGACCGGCCGCGCCUGCUGGGGGCCCCGAUGGACAUCGCCAACGCCGACAACGAUGAGGGCCUGCAGCGGGCCCUGCAGUUCGCCAUGAUGGAGUACAACAGGGCCAGCAACGACAUGUACUCCAGCCGGGUGGUGCGGGUCAUCAGCGCCAAGAGGCAGAUUGUGUCUGGGAUCAAGUACAUAAUGGAGGUGGAGAUUGGCCGGACAACUUGCCCGAAGCCAGCCACUGAUCUCCAGAGCUGUGCUCUCCAUGAUGCACCACACAUGGCUAAGCGCACCACUUGCAACUUCGUAGUGUACACUGUUCCUUGGCUAAACCAAAUUAAACUAUUGGAGAGCAACUGCCAAUAAACCUGUCUUGUUCCAGCAGAGACCAGCAGCCAGUUGCUCAGACUUAAACAAAA